GAGAGAGAGAGAGGAAGAAAGAGAGAGAUUUUUUUUUCCUCCUCUAGGUGAGUCAAAGCUGAAAGAGGAAGCAGGAUGUCAUGACGGAGGGUUGGUGCUAUGGCACUAUGUCUGUCUCUGCCCAGAGUAAGGGCCACUACUGCCAAAGAGGAUUGUGGGAAAUGACCCCCGAAGUGUUGCUGUUGAUCUUGGCACUGACUGCCUGUCUGACCGAGCCUGUUCACUGUGAGAAGGACAAUGGAUCUGGAGUUACUGAAAAGCAAAGCACUGAAGAGCAGAUCUCAACGACUGUACCACACACUUCUCUUGUGACUGGUAAUACACCGAACAGCAUCUUUACAGAUACUAUCCAUCAGGAACCGGAUUCUGGAGAUGCUGAAACACAAGCGCAGGUUACUUUGGAGCAGACUUCCACGACGAAGCAGAUUUCUAAUGCAACGUAUAAAGAAGCACUCAACAAGACCACAGAAGUGACGUUCAAGUCAGUCCCUAAUAAUGAAACUAUUACAGUAACAGAAGGGCAAGAUUUUGAAGAUUGGGAGAAUAACACGAAGAGCGACACUGAAGAGCAGGAGCAGGACCAGUUGAACAUCUUCAUCAUCAUCGCAGUGGGUCUGACCCUCGCUCUGCUCCUAACAGCUUUUGUGGCAACAUACCUGCUCAAGUGCAGGAGGACGAGGAAAAAACACACAGAUUGUGAGAAGGAAGAUCCAUAUCUGGAUGAUGACAUUGGAGAGAAAGUACCAAUGCCCAUGUUUGAAGAUGACAUGCCCUCUGUGAUGGAGCUGGAGAUGGAGGAUUUUGAGAAAUGGAUGAUAAAAGAAGGAAGUGACACCAGCAUGAACUCAAAACAGAGGCAUCCUUCAUGAACAUACUGCUGUAAUUGCUGUGGGGCUUCGAUAGAAAGUGAGAAAGUGUGCUGGAGCACUCGGCAUCCUACCACACUAGUACCAGCUUUCCUGUGAUCUCUCAUACACACACACAUGCACACACACACCUUGUCUGAAUUAUUGGCAAUGAACAACACCAUUACAUUUCAAUAAAUUUUUUUAAUUUUAGACAUAAUCACAAUUUGUGUGUGUGUGUGUGUGUGUGUGUGUGUGUGUGUGUGUGUGAAAACAAAACAUGUUCUGUUGUGAAGACUACUGAGAACACACACUCACUGUUUAACUUUUAUAAGAAAGGCUAAAUAUAUGGCAGAUCUUAAGCUGUAAUGUUAUAAUGUAAUUUCUUUUUUCUUCAUGCAUUCAUCCGAGAUCUUUAUUAGUGUUGGUUUAGUUGGUCACAUGCACAUUCCCUGCCUGUUUUGUAUGUAUUACAUGUAUUGUUUAUUCCAGAUGGGUUUUUUUUAAAUGCAAAUACAAGGAACACACUGUUUUGCCGCGAUUUGGUUUUGUUUUUAGGAGUUGUAUGAGUUUUGUAUUUUCAGUCUGCCAUGGUUUGUUCAAAACUCUUUAGUAAAGCGAUAUAUUGUGUAUUUUGUGUGUGUUUUUAAUAAACAAUCAGUCUUUUUACUAAAGUUA